UUGACUGGAGAUGUCACCACCCUCGUUCCUCCUCUCAAGAAGACUCUCUUUUGUGCCACUCAUCCGUCAAAGGAGGCAGACCUCUACUGCGAGACGUGCGACGAGUUGAUAUGUCGAGACUGCAUCGUUCGUGUUCAUCGCGACCACCAGUACGAUCUGGUGCCAGAGUCGUUUGCUAAGCAAGAGAAAGUGAUCGUUGACUCUCUCAAGCCAGUGGAAGAACAGAUUGCUACUUAG